UAUUUCGCGCGCAAGUUCUAAAACCCUAAUAAGGAGCUCUAUUCGGGUUAAGCAGAAACCCUAAAAUCAAUUUUGAGUUUUGAUUCAUUGAAGAAUACGAAGAAAUGACGAAGAAUCACGGGGAGAACGAAAUCUUUGCUUCUUGCUCCUUCUCCUCUACCGGACUUCAGUCAUCUUUAUGCGAACAGCUCCGAGAGAGGUUGGGAUUUGAAGUUCCGACGCUCGUCCAGGCUCAAGCGAUUCCUGUUAUUCUCUCCGGUCGACAUGUACUUGUUAAUGCGGCUACUGGCACUGGCAAGACUAUUGCAUAUCUGGCUCCUAUCAUUCAUCACCUUCAAAUGUAUGAUCCUCGCAUUGAAAGAGCCGAUGGAACUUUUGCGUUGGUGCUUGUACCAACGCGUGAGUUGUGUAUGCAGGUUUAUGAAAUCUUGCAAAAGUUAUUGCACCGUUUUCACUGGAUUGUCCCCGGUUACAUAAUGGGUGGCGAGAACAGGUCAAAGGAGAAAGCCAGGUUGCGCAAAGGAAUAUCCAUCCUCAUUGCAACACCUGGACGUCUUUUGGAUCACUUAAAGAAUACAUCAUCAUUCUUGUACACGAAUUUGCGUUGGAUAGUCUUUGAUGAAGCAGAUAGGAUUCUGGAUUUGGGUUUUGGCAAAGAAAUAGAAGAAAUACUUAAUAGUCUGGGUUCGAGGCGAGGAUCUGUUAGAACGGAGAAUGAAAGCUCUAGGUUUUCUGGAUUUCAGAGGCAGAACUUGCUAUUAUCAGCAACUUUGAAUGAAAAAGUUAAUCAUCUAGCUAAGAUCAGUUUGGAUGAUCCUGUUAUGAUUGGUCUCAAUGAGAAGGGCUCCUUUGAGCAAGGAAACCCAUCAACUGAACAUAUUGGGUCUGUCUCUGCUGUGGAUGGUCUAUCAGAACCUCCAGGCAGGCUAUUGAGUGGUCCGAGUGGAAAUUAUAACCUUCCAUCUCAAUUAGUUCAGAGAUAUGUGAAAGUGUCCUGUGGUUCACGGCUAGUCAUACUUCUUUCCAUUCUUAAAAUUAUUUUUGAAAGAGAAGCUUCGCUAAAGAUAGUGGUGUUCUUUUCAACAUGUGAUGCAGUAGAUUUUCACUACUCACUCUUUAGCGAAUUCCAGUGGCCAACUGAUUCAGAGCCAGAAGUUGUCCAGAAGCAGCUAUUUGUCAAGUGCAGAACUUUCCAGUUACAUGGAAACAUGGAACAUGAGAGUCGGAGGAGCAUAUUUCAGGGAUUCAAAGCAGAAAAAUCGGCUCUUCUUUUGUGCACAGAUGUUGCUGCGAGAGGCUUGGAUUUCCCGCAAGUUAGAUAUAUCAUUCAGUAUGACUCUCCAGGGGAGGCUACUGACUAUGUGCAUAGGGUUGGUAGAACAGCUCGGUUGGGGGAAAGAGGAGAUUCAUUGUUAUUCCUACAACCAGUUGAAAUGGAUUAUUUGCAGGAUCUCCAGCAGCAUGGUGUGUCACUGAAGGAGUACCCCCUGCUCAAGGUCCUGGACAGUUUUCCCUUGUAUGGCCAUAAGCACCAUGUCAGGAAGUUUGUUUCUUUGGAGAUGCAUCCAUGGGUGCUAUCCCUGCAGAAGGCACUUGAAUCCUUCAUCUCGACAGAGUCGAAGAUGAAGAAGCUGGCCAAGGAUGCAUUUUGCUCAUGGAUCCGUGCUUACACGGCACACCGCGGUGACCUAAAGAAGAUAUUUAUAGUGAAGAAAUUACACUUAGGACACGUGGCAAGAAGUUUUGGAUUAAAAGAACAACCCUCUUUGGUUGGAAGAUCAUUCCAGAUGCAAGCCAAAAAGAGGAAGAGAGAUCAGAAACAGAAAGGGACGUCGAAAAGGAAGAGAGGAUGCUAGUGAAACAUGAAUACAGAAAGGUUUUUCAUCCAUCAAGGCCUAGCCAUUUGCUUAUGCAUCUGCUGGUCCACGAGUGUAUAUGAGCUUCCUGUUGAUCAAAGUCUUUUUUUUUAAUAUUUAUACAGAAGCGAAGACUGGGAUUUUUAUGCCAUUAUUUCUUAGAACCAAAUGCAAGACCACAUGGUUAAAUUCUGUGUUUUACUGGGAUGGUUGAUGGACUGCUAAUGGAGGAGGAAGGAAUCUCAGCCAUUGAAAUGGCCUGUCUUGGCCGUCUUUUGGUUAUGUUCUUGCC